UUGGCUGUCGCGGUGCCGGGGUGCAGAGGCGCGCGCGCGGGCAGCCAGUCCGCCGGUGCAGCCAUGAACUGCCUGACGGUGCCCGGCGUGCACCCCGGCUCGCCCAGCCGCCCGCGCGGCCAGAUCCAGGUGAUCUUCGGGCCCAUGUUCUCUGGGAAGAGCACGGAGCUGAUGCGGCGGGUGCGGCGGUUCCAGCUCGCCCAGUACCAGUGCCUGCUGGUGAAGUACGCCAAGGACACGCGCUACGGCGCCGCCGGCGUCUCCACACACGACAAGAGCACCAUGGAGGCCCUGCCGGCCUGUCUCCUCAGGGACGUGUACCAGCAGGCGCUGGGCUCCGCGGUCAUCGGCAUCGACGAGGGACAGUUUUUCCCAGACGUCGUGGAGUUCUGUGAGAUGAUGGCCAAUGCUGGGAAAACCAUCAUCGUUGCUGCUCUUGAUGGGACUUUCCAGAGAAAGGCUUUCGGGAGCAUCCUGAACCUGGUGCCACUGGCAGAGAGCGUGGUGAAGCUGAACGCCGUCUGCAUGGAGUGCUACCGAGAAGCCUCCUACACCAAGCGGCUGGGAGCGGAGAGGGAGGUUGAAGUGAUUGGGGGAGCAGACAAGUACCACUCUGUGUGCCGAGCCUGCUACUUCCGCAAGCGGCCUCAGCAGCCAGGGCCGGAAAACAAGGAGAACGUGCCUGUGGGGGUGAAGCAGCUGGAUGUGGCCGCCUCCCAGAAGGUCUUUGCUUGACAGCCGGGCUCCCGCACGGGGAGAAGCAAGAGCAGGGAAGCUGAAUGCUGCAGCUCCCUGGCACCAGAUGUGGCUUCCCCUGCCUUUAGCAAAACUGUCAACUGUCUGAGCUCUGCCCGCCAGCCCAAGCUGCCCCUCUGCACUGGGCGCUGGAAAAGACUGGGAGCAACUGGACCUGCUGCCAGGGGGAGCGGGAGCCUGACGAAAAGUCGGUUCUUGCACGGGACACGGAAAAGCUGCCACACUGACACGUCCUGGAAAACUGUGAGAGCAAGCCAGGCUGCAGAGCUUCCAGCGCCCGCCUGGCUGCUCGCCUGCCGUGUCCAGACUGGCUCUGGUGGCUGGUUCACUUGCCCAUGAAUGCAACUGUUUCUUUAUCUCUUGUGCAGUGUUGCUAAAUUCCAGAUUUCUUAAGACAAUGUACAGUAACUUUGUAUUUUAAAGUCACUUCCUUAUUUAAUGCAGUCUGGGGAGAUAACCUGAUCCUUGUCGUAGAGCUGUGGCACAACUUCUCAACUGCCCCGCGUGGCAGCAGCCUGGCGCUCGGCCGUCCCUCUGCAUGCCUGUGCACGGCCUGUCUGGUGCUGUCACGCUCGCUGCACCCCCCGCUGGGAGGAGGCAGCACCUGGGGGGUGACGGCUGCCCGAGCCCCCGCUCCCACCGUGUCCCCGAAGUGAUGACAGUUGUGGUGCCCAAAGCACUUCAGUGCCAGGCCUGGGCCCUCCCGUAGGGACAGGGAAGGCAGCACUGCCGCUGGUUUAGGUUAAUAAAUAACUUAAUGAAA